UAAUAUCUGUUACAUUAGGUAUCUUAACAAAUAUACUAAAUCCCGGAGACUCUUGUAUGUAGCGCGACGUACCAAAAAUGGCCACUGCGUGAUCUGAUGGCGACGACAUGCCUUGCGUGACGUUGGCUCAAUUCAAUCUUAGACAUUGUUUGCUACCCUUGUAAAUACACCCUGUGAAUAGCUUUCCGCCCUAUACUGUGCUUCCACCCAACAUUCUUUUUUUCUGAGGUGCGGGAUAUGUUUCACUAAAUCUGAGGAUAUACAUCAUCAUAUUCGAUUAGCGCGCAACAAUAUUAUUGCUCGCAUGCUGCCCAUGUCCUUCUAAGCAUUGUCGGCGCUAUCUAUUGCUGUUGCCUUAACCUCUUGAGGCCUACACGUCUUCAACUCCCUUCUGACCGGCACUCGUUUUUUUUUCUUCAUCUCUCAAAGAUCCUGAAACUGUACGCAUGGGAAGAGCCUUUCCAGCAACGUGUGGUGGAUGUGCGCAAGGCCGAGAUGGAGAUGCUGCGAAAGAUCGCCUUCUACUUCAGCCUCAUGAACUUUGUCUGGAACUGCAUAUCCUUCCUGGUGUCGCUGGUGACCUUCAUGACCUUCCUGAUGGUGGGCUCGCACGGUCUGGAUCCCGUGACGGCGUUCGUGUCCCUGGCGCUGUUCAACACGCUGCGCUUCUCGCUGCUUCUCAUCCCGGACCUCAUCGUCGGCUGUGUAGUGGUGGGCGACUUCGAAUGCUCAACUGAGGCGGCGCCUAACGUCAUGCUCCUUUCCUGCCGUCGUAUCUCGGGGCUUAUUGCGUUCCGCAGCUAA